AAAAAAGAACCGAGAGAGAGGCUCCAAAAGUUAAAAACAUCAGUUAAAAACAUCAUUGCGUUGCUUCCUCUGCUCUCACUCCAGAUCCCAAAACCAGAGAAAGAGAGCCUUCACUGUCCCUUUUCACUCUCCAAAUUUUCAGAGUACAAAACAAAAACAUAGAGAACAAAAACACAAAAAACACUUAGGGUUUAUUUUCGAUUUUUAGGUUUUUCUUCGUAUAGGCGAUGUCAAGUCUCCAUCGAUCCUCAAGCGUGCCGUAUAAAAACGGCGGCCUUCCUCCUCAAGAACUUCUCGACGAUCUUUGCAGUCGGUUUGUGUUAAAUGUGCCAAAGGAAGACCAACAAUCAUUUGAGAGGAUUUUGUUCCUUGUGGAGUACGCACAUUGGUUCUACGAGGAUAAUUCAGUGGAAAAUAAUCCAUCACUGAAGUCAUUCACUUUGAAGGAGUUCACUUCAUUACUUUUCAACAGUUGUGAUGUAUUAAGACCUUAUGUUGCUCACAUAGACGACAUAUUCAAGGAUUUCACUUCUUACAAGGUUCGAGUUCCAGUAACAGGGGCAAUCAUUUUGGAUGAAACCUAUGAACGGUGCAUACUAGUGAAGGGAUGGAAAGGGUCAAGCUGGAGUUUUCCACGUGGAAAAAAAAACAAAGAUGAAGAAGAUCAUACAUGUGCCGUCCGAGAAGUCCUGGAGGAAACAGGUUUUGAUGUUUCAAUGCUUCUUAACAAAGAUGACUACAUUGAACUGAUAUUUGGACAGCAGAGGGUGCGGCUCUAUAUAAUUGCUGGUGUCAGAGAUAAUACUUUCUUUGCCCCUCAAACAAAAAAGGAGAUCAGUGAAAUUGCAUGGCAUCGGCUUGAUGAUCUUCAGCCAGCUACUGAAGAUGUGAUAUCCCAUGGGAUCACUGGUCUGAAGCUUUACAUGGUGGCUCCUUUUUUGGCAUCUUUGAAAAUAUGGAUUUCAAAGCAUAAGCCCCCUAUUGCUCCAAAACCUGAUAUGCCUCUCAAAGGGAUCUGUGUGUGGAAAGCCAAGAGCAGUUCUAUAGGGAGUAACACAAUGAUUCUGGAGAAUCAAUUAACAAAACCUUCAUCUGAUUCUCAGCCUCCGGACACUGGCCCGGGCAAAAGCUUCAGGAACUUUAGAUUCAAUACUGCUGCUAUCUUGCAAGCAAUGGAAGCUGGUUUCUCAACUUAAAGGUCAAACUUUGUGUUUUUUUUUUUUUUUAAAUGUAAAUUUCAAACGAUCACAUAGCUGCUUUGGUUUCUACCGUUUCACCUGUAUUACGGAGAGCAUUAACCACCACCUUUCAUGGUGAAUUGGUAGCUGUACCAGCUGUAUAUUGUUUGUCAGAUUAUCAGGUUUGGUUGCUGUGUAUAUUUUGUACAGAAACGCUAUUGUGGAAAUGGUGUUUUGUUAUUUUCAUUUCUGUUAGUUAAACCGAAGAAUGUAGUCUCUUUCACA